GCCAGGCCCCAGGCGGCGGCGCCAUGAGCGUGGAGGCGUAUGGGCCCAGCUCGCAGACGCUCACCUUCUUGGACACGGAGGAGGCCGAGCUGCUGGGUGCCGACACCCAGGGCUCCGAGUUCGAGUUCACCGACUUCACCCUCCCCAGCCAGACCCAGACGCCCCCUGGGGGGCCCGGAGGUGGCGGCGGCGGCGCGGGCGGGCCCGGAGCCGCGGGCGUCGGGGGUGCCGCGGGCCAGCUCGACGCGCAGGUUAAUGGACCUGAUGGUAUCCUGCAGAAUGGUGCUGUGGAUGACAGUGUAGCUAAAACUAGCCAACUGUUGGCUGAAUUGAAUUUUGAAGAAGAUGAAGAAGAUACUUACUAUACAAAGGAUCUUCCUGUGCAUGCUUGCAGUUACUGUGGCAUCCAUGAUCCGGCUUGCGUGGUUUACUGCAAUACUAGCAAGAAAUGGUUUUGUAAUGGACGCGGAAACACUUCUGGCAGCCACAUUGUAAAUCAUCUUGUAAGAGCAAAAUGCAAAGAAGUAACUCUCCACAAGGAUGGACCCUUGGGGGAGACUGUGCUGGAGUGUUACAAUUGUGGGUGUCGGAAUGUGUUUCUCCUUGGCUUCAUACCUGCCAAAGCUGAUUCAGUAGUGGUACUCCUCUGCAGGCAACCCUGUGCCAGUCAGAGCAGCUUAAAGGAUAUCAAUUGGGACAGCUCCCAGUGGCAGCCUCUGAUCCAGGAUCGCUGCUUUCUUUCCUGGCUGGUAAAGAUUCCUUCUGAGCAGGAGCAGCUGAGAGCACGGCAGAUUACAGCGCAACAAAUCAACAAACUAGAGGAACUCUGGAAGGAAAAUCCUUCAGCAACUCUUGAAGAUCUGGAAAAGCCAGGUGUUGAUGAAGAGCCCCAGCAUGUCUUGCUUCGCUAUGAGGAUGCUUAUCAGUAUCAAAAUAUCUUUGGCCCACUUGUUAAACUGGAAGCAGAUUAUGAUAAGAAACUUAAAGAAUCCCAGACCCAAGAUAACAUCACAGUCAGAUGGGACCUGGGCCUCAACAAGAAGAGAAUCGCUUACUUCACGUUGCCCAAGACUGACUCUGAUAUGCGUCUUAUGCAGGGAGAUGAAAUCUGCCUUCGCUAUAAAGGUGACCUCGCCCCACUGUGGAAGGGAAUUGGCCAUGUCAUUAAAGUUCCAGAUAAUUAUGGAGAUGAAAUUGCAAUUGAAUUGAGGAGUAGUGUUGGAGCCCCUGUAGAAGUUACUCAUAACUUCCAAGUGGAUUUUGUAUGGAAGUCCACUUCAUUUGACAGGAUGCAGAGUGCAUUAAAAACAUUUGCUGUGGAUGAAACCUCAGUCUCUGGCUACAUUUACCACAAACUGUUGGGUCAUGAAGUAGAGGAUGUGAUUAUUAAAUGCCAGCUGCCAAAACGUUUUACAGCACAAGGACUCCCUGACCUCAAUCAUUCUCAGGUAUAUGCAGUAAAGACUGUUUUGCAACGACCUUUGAGCCUCAUCCAGGGACCACCUGGUACAGGAAAGACUGUCACAUCAGCUACAAUUGUCUACCAUUUGGCUAGGCAAGGCAAUGGGCCUGUGCUAGUUUGUGCUCCAAGCAAUAUAGCUGUGGAUCAGUUGACUGAGAAGAUUCAUCAGACUGGACUGAAAGUUGUUCGUCUUUGUGCUAAAAGCCGGGAAGCAAUUGAUUCUCCUGUAUCUUUUUUGGCACUGCACAACCAGAUCAGGAAUAUGGAUAGUAUGCCUGAACUCCAGAAGCUACAACAACUGAAAGAUGAAACAGGUGAACUUUCAUCUGCUGAUGAAAAGCGUUACCGAGCAUUGAAACGCACAGCUGAGCGAGAACUGCUCAUGAAUGCAGAUGUGAUCUGUUGCACAUGUGUGGGAGCAGGUGAUCCAAGGCUUGCCAAGAUGCAGUUCCGAUCCAUUUUAAUUGAUGAAAGCACUCAGGCUACUGAACCAGAGUGUAUGGUACCAGUUGUUCUCGGAGCCAAACAGCUGAUCCUAGUAGGAGAUCAUUGCCAGCUGGGGCCUGUAGUCAUGUGCAAGAAAGCUGCAAAAGCAGGCUUGUCUCAGUCCCUAUUUGAGCGGCUAGUGGUGUUGGGGAUCCGUCCAAUCCGCCUACAAGUCCAGUAUCGGAUGCAUCCUGCCCUUAGUGCUUUCCCAUCUAAUAUCUUCUAUGAGGGUUCCCUUCAGAAUGGCGUCACUGCAGCUGAUCGUGUGAAAAAGGGAUUUGAUUUCCAGUGGCCCCAGCCAGAUAAACCAAUGUUCUUUUAUGUGACCCAAGGCCAAGAAGAAAUUGCCAGUUCAGGCACUUCUUAUUUGAACAGAACGGAAGCAGCCAAUGUGGAAAAGAUAACUACAAAGCUCCUAAAAGCUGGUGCCAAACCAGAUCAGAUUGGUAUUAUUACACCUUAUGAGGGUCAACGAUCUUAUCUGGUACAAUACAUGCAAUUUAGCGGCUCUCUGCAUACAAAACUCUACCAGGAAGUGGAAAUAGCUAGUGUCGAUGCAUUCCAGGGACGAGAAAAGGACUUCAUCAUCCUUUCCUGUGUGAGAGCCAAUGAACACCAAGGAAUUGGAUUUUUAAAUGAUCCCAGGCGUCUUAAUGUGGCUCUUACUCGAGCAAGGUAUGGAGUAAUUAUUGUGGGCAACCCUAAAGCUCUUUCCAAGCAACCACUCUGGAACCAUCUAUUGAACUACUACAAGGAACAGAAAGUGCUGGUAGAAGGACCCCUAAACAACCUCCGGGAGAGCCUCAUGCAAUUCAGCAAGCCCCGCAAACUUGUCAAUACCAUCAAUCCAGGAGCCCGGUUCAUGACUACUGCCAUGUAUGAUGCACGUGAAGCUAUUAUCCCUGGAUCUGUCUAUGAUCGGAGCAGUCAAGGGCGUCCAUCGAAUAUGUAUUUUCAAACUCACGAUCAGAUCGGGAUGAUCAGCACCGGACCCAGUCACGUGACUGCUAUGAACAUUCCUAUUCCUUUCAACCUUGUGAUGCCGCCAAUGCCGCCGCCAGGCUAUUUUGGCCAAGCCAACGGUCCAGCUGCAGGCCGUGGGACACCAAAAGGGAAGACUGGUCGUGGGGGACGCCAAAAAAAUCGCUUUGGGAUUCCUGGGACUAGCCAGGCGAACCUCCCAAAUAGUCAGGCCAGCCAAGAUGUGGUCUCUCAGCCCUUCUCCCAGGGCCCAUUGACUCAGGGCUAUAUUUCCAUGAGUCAGCCAUCCCAGAUGAGCCAGCCGGGGCUCUCUCAACCAGAAUUAUCCCAGGACAGUUACCUUGGUGAUGAGUUUAAAUCGCAGAUUGAUGUGGCUCUGUCACAAGACUCUACUUACCAAGGAGAACGGGCAUACCAACACGGUGGAGUGACAGGGCUGUCACAGUAUUAGAGUGUCAAGAAAGAAGAGCUAAGCUUAUGUGGAGCUUAGUCCAUCAGCAUCUUAUUCUGGGUAAUAAAAAAAUAAAAUAAAAUGGAUACCUGUUUUCCACUGCUAAAACUGAAGCAUCACUGUGUGAGAGCAACAGGGGAGAGAGAAGAGAGAGAGAAACCAACCAAUGGGGAGACGAGAGGAAGGAGCAAGAGCGAAAGAGAGAGAGAGAGAGAGAGAGACCACUGCUAGCACACUGAGACGAGGAGAAUGGCCGAAGAGGAGAGAAGCAGAGCACUGGCUGCACCGCGAUGGGAAGGCGGGACUGUCUCAGCAUCCCCCGGCCCGCCAGACUGCUCCCCCGAAGCUCGCCCUGACCGAAUGAAUGGUCAGCUGAGUCCCUGCUCCCCCAGCCCAAUCAGCUAAGAGAGAAGGGCCUCCAGCAAGGCUCACUUCAUUCCAUACUCUGGUUUGUGAACAGGGCAGCGCCGUUCAGAGCAGGAGGGAUGGCAAACCCUCAUCUCAGAGUUAAAUUUUUUUUUUAAGGGGACUAUGUUUUAGCAGGACAAACUGUUCACAUUUUAGCAGCAGAGACAAGAUUCCUUCUUACUGUUGGCAGAACCCGCCACAUUUGGCAGCAGCAGAUGGCCAGAGCUCCACUCUGAGAUGCAGGGUUUGUUGUUCACACUGGCUCUGAAACCUCAGUGUCAUCAUGUUGCCUGUGUUCUGAAAGGGUUUUUCAUUUAAAAGAAAAAUUUUUUGUUUGUUUUUAAGAGAUUCUUUCAAAGGAGCACUGUUAUUAUUUUUUUUUUUUUAAGUUUGUCUCUGAAAUCUUAGCGGUGGACCUGGGAGAUGAGAAGCUUACCAGAAAAAAAAUUUUUUAAUUUAAAUUAGAAUCACCAACCUUGAAGAGAACUUUCAGAGAAUUUUAAAGUUUCCUCAUUCAGCCUCUUCUUCCACAAGGGAUCACAGUCAGUGAGGGAAACCGGGCCCAGGCCCUAAUUCCCCAUGGGGUCCAGCCUGAGGAGGCUUUCACACUUUUCUCUAUGCUUUUCAUAGGCUAUUAUCUGGACUCUACUCUGUGAAAACCAGCCUUUUCUGUAAGAUGAACCGUGCGCUUAACAAGGGGAUGGGGCUCCAGGCCAUGGUGGCCCUGGAGGAGAAGAUGCUAGGCUGCCUGCCCUGUUCACUCCUACUGAGGAAGGGGAAAAGUAGGGGCUCCUGGGGAUUAUAUUGGUUUUGAAGUAAAGAUUCAAAGACAUUACUGAAGUGGGCUGAAAAAGAAAGGAAUCGUUAUGGGCAAACAGGCAGUUGUUGGAAGGUGGCCUUUUAAAUAGCUGGUGGCUUCUUUGGUGACUUCGUACUUUCCAAAGGUAGCUGGAGGAGUCCUUAAAAACACAAACCGACCACAAACAAGGCCCAAGAGAGAAACCCUGGAGACCGACCCCUCCAGGUGGGGAACACCAAUACAGCAUCUUCAUGAUUUGAAAAAGAUGCUGGAGGUGACAUAUCAGAGAGCACACUUAAAAUGACCCGGCCAGUCUUUCUAAGCUCUACCCAGCUCAGGGCUACUCCAAACAGGACUGCUGAGGCUGUCACUUGGCUUUGCAGCCUUUUUAGAAACACUGAGUGCUGGGAACAUUCAACUUCUUGUCCUCCUGUUCUGUCAAACUCUCUAAAUUUGGAAGAAGUCUACCUCCUAAUUGGCAAGGGUCGGCAGAGUGUGACUUAACUAAAUGUAGAUAAUUUUUUUAAAAACCUUCCAGAAUUAAGUUAGCUUUAUGAUCAAGGGGCAUGAAGGGUUUCUGGCCUGAAAGAUGGGGGCAAAUUAUUUCACUUAUCAUUUAGAGAACUUCUAAAUUGGCCCUUCCUGCCAGUAUACUAAAAUGCUAUAAACUGCAGUAGUUUUGUUUUUGUUUUUGUUUUUGUUUUACUUUGAAAGUCAACCCCUCGGAUUUCUGUCCUGAAGAUUUUCUAGCCGACCACUUAUGCAAAUUUGCCUUCUUCUGUAGUUUUCCAAGCCCCCCCCCCCCCCCCCCCUCCUGUUUCCUUUCAGAGAUCAAUGAUCCAAAUAUCAUUAGAUUUCCACCCCAAAGCCCAUUCUGGACAAUAAUACUGGUGACCUGAGACCCAGGACACCAGGAAGUAGCACCAUUUUUGGUUUUGUCCCAAAGCUUACACAGAUGGCAAAAAAGAAAAAAAAAAAAGAAAAAACAAAAACCUACCACAAAACUCCUAUCCCUCCCACCCUGUCCACCCAGUACCACCCUACCUUGUACAACUCUUUAAAAAAAAAAAAAAAAAAA